GUGGCCGCUCUCAGGUUUCUCUCUGGUAGUAGUACGACUCAAUUCAAUGCUCGAAGACUUGUGAAAUAUAUGUUACAAGUUAUAUUAUCGUUAUGACAGAAUUACAAAGAUGUAUUACAAUUUAUUAUAAUUUUUGUGAUGAUUAUUUUCCGUCAUAAAUUUCAAUUUACGCUCUGUCAUUUCGACAAUUAGAAACACAAUGGUAGAGGAGAUCAUUAAUCCCAGUAAUAAACCGAAAAAUAAGACAGCUCGACCACGUCCGGUAUACCUGUGGAAUGUUUUGGACGUGCAAAAGUGGCUGAGACGACACUGCAGCGACUAUUAUCAGCUGUAUCACGAAAAGUUUUUGCACCAUGACAUUACAGGAAGAGUAUUGUUAAGAAUAAACGAAAACAUCUUGCUGCGUCUUGGCGUUGACAACGAACAACACAGGAUGGACAUAUGGAGAGAGAUUAUGAAAUUACAUCUCAAAACGGGGAUGCUGGAGAUUAGAGACAUAGAAAGGCGUAAUAAUAUGAACUUUGAUUGAAAAAUAUAUUUUACAUUUAUAUUUUUUAAGCUAUACGUGAAUGUAUAUCAAUGGUGUUAUGAACAACAAAUGUAUAUAUUUAGUUAUAUAUUACGGUUAUAGUAUUUAGGAAUACAUUUAUAUAUAUAUAAUAGC